UGGGAAUUUCAUGCCUAAAAAGACCCAAGAAACACGAUUUAAGCUACCUGCCUCCACAGCCAGUCCUAGAGACGUACGUCCUCGGUUCGGGAGGAAAUUGAGAGGAGGAUUUCUCCGCCACCCCCACCAAAACCCGGCGACCCCGCCUAGCCAGAACCAGGAUUCAGAGACUGCUGCAUCCUUGGAAGUGGGAUCCAAGGGCAAAGGCCAUCGCCCCGCUCGCAGAUUCCGUGCAAAGCGUGCAACCGCGACAAGAAGGCCUUUUCUCAGGCACCUCAGCCAUCGCCCGGAGGCUCAGUCCGACCAGGAUCAGAAUGCAGAGGACCCUACAUCCUCGGAGGUGGGACCCGCAGGCAAAGGUCUGCGUCCCCCUCGUGCGACCGUGACAAGGCCUUUCCACCAACACCUCAGCCAAAGCCAGGCAGCUCUGAAGGGCCAGGACCAGAGUUCAGAAUAUGCUGCAUCCUUGGAGGUGGAACCCUCAGGCAAAGGCAAGCGCCCCUGUCGAAGAUUGGACACAAUGGUGGCAGGAGCGUCGCGAUUGGUCGUUCACUAUGCCGAGGCGGAGCCUGAUUCCUGCAACUGGGCCCCGGAGACACCGUCAAAGCGAGAGAAGCGGCACCUGGGGGCGAUGGCCACACCAAGCCUUAGGUCCCACGAGAUCCAGGCCCACUCCCAGGAGGCUGGAAACAAGUCCAUUUCCUCGGGGAGCCGUCGCGGCCUUCUUUGGCACCUCCGAGCCAGGCAGUCUAGAGUUGGCCUGUUUGAGGUCGGUCCAGGACAUGAACUGCAUAGAAUGACACGAAUGAUGCAGGAAGGACUGUGGGCUGCCACCCAGGUCUCCAAGAACAACCCACCCACGGGACCUCCUACCCAGAAGGAUUACCUGGAAGUCAUGACCCAAGUUCACCAAGAGGGCUUCGAGCUGGGCACCUUGGCUGGCCCGGCUUUUGCGUGGCUGAGGCAAUCCAUUGGCCUGACUGAAGAGGACUACCAGACUACUCUUGGCCCUGGCGAUCCCUACCUUCAAUUCUUCAGCACCUCCAAAAGCAAGGCCAGCUUCUUCCUGACCCACGACCAGCGCUUCUUUGUGAAGACCCAACGGCGCCACGAAGUGCAGGUGCUGCUAGCCCACCUGCCCCGCUACGUGGAGCACCUGCAACAGCACCCACACUCCCUGCUGGCACGGUUGCUGGGCGUAUACAGUCUGCGGGUGGCUCAGGGGAAAAAGAAGUACUUCAUCAUCAUGCAGUGCAUCUUCUACCCUACCAGCCGGAUCUCUGAGAGGUAUGACAUCAAGGGCUGCAACGUAAGCCGCUGGGUAGAUCCAGCCCCUGAGGGCAGCCCUCUUGUCUUGGUGCUGAAGGAUCUCAACUUUCAAGAAAAGACCAUGAGAUUGGGAGCCCAGCGGAGCUGGUUCCUCCGGCAGAUGGAGCUAGACACCGCCUUCCUGCAGGAGCUGAAUGUACUGGAUUACAGCCUCCUGGUGGCCAUCCAGUUUCUCCACCAAGACGAGAAGGGCUCCGUCUUCAACACAUUCAGGUCUAUACAAGGUGCGUCGAAGUCGCAGGGAACGGCGGACCAGAACUGCCGGAUGCUGCCCAACCUCCCCAAUGCCCUCCAUAUCUUGGACGGGCCAGACCAACGCUAUUUUCUGGGCUUAGUGGAUAUGACUACCGUGUAUGGGUUUCGCAAAUGGCUGGAACAUCUGUGGAAGAUGGUACGCUAUCCAGGCCAGAGCGUCUCCACUGUCAGCCCGGCUCACUACGCCCGUCGCCUCUGUCGGUGGGCAGAGAUGCACACAGAGUGACUCUCACCUGUCUGCCUUCUUCCCAUCUGGACAAUGCGCCCGCAACAAUUCUCGAGCCGUACCCAGGGAGCUAGCCUGCAGUUCAUCCUACCAGCCACCAGAGGGAAGCACCCUCAUAACUAAUGCUGGGAAGACUCAGCCCCACUCCGUGAUGGUGCUACUGUACCCUGCAUAGAGCAAGAACCCUGAC